GCCAAGCCCUGGGAGGCUGUGAGGAAGAGGAAGAUGCCCCAGGACACGCAGGCAGAGCAGGAGCUGAGGCUGGAGAGCAGGGAGGACAAAUCCCCGGGGCAGAAGCUCGUGGCAGAGGCCGUUUGGAGCGGCUCCACGGCGCAGGAAGGCAACGGGGAGGAAAAGGCCCGGAGAUGCCGCACGAGGAGGGGCUGCAAAGGCAGAUGGCGGCGAUCUGAGGGGGAAAGACCCAGCCUGGGCCGGGAAGGCGGCCGGAGAUGGAGCCAGAGCUCGGAGCUGGUGCUCCCUGAGCAGCUCCAUGAUGGGAAGAAGCCCCACACGUGCAUGGAGUGUGGGAAGAGCUUCAGGUGGAACUCCGAGCUGAUCCUGCACCAGAGGAGCCACACUGGGGAACGGCCCUACGAGUGUGAUCAGUGCAGGAAGAGGUUUCCCACCAGCUCUGUUCUCCUCGUGCACCAGCGCAUGCACACAGAGGAGAGGCCCUUCCGCUGCCCCGACUGCGGGCAGGGCUUCAGGCACAACUCUACUCUUGUCGUGCACCGGCGCAUCCACACUGGGGAGAGGCCCCACGAGUGUGAGGAGUGUGGGAAGAGCUUCAGGCACAGCUCCAACCUGAUCCUGCACCAGAGGACCCACACUGGGGAGAGGCCCUACGAGUGUGAUCAGUGCAGGAAGAGGUUUCGGAUCAGCUCCCAUCUCCUCCAGCACUAUUGGAUUCACACAGAGGAGAGGCCCUUCUGCUGCCCCGACUGCGGGAAGGGAUUCAGGCACAAAUGCAACCUCAUCACCCACCGGCGCAUCCACACCGGGGAGAGGCCCUACGAGUGUCCCCAGUGUGGGAAGAGCUUCUCCUGCAGCUCUAACUUGACCCGACACCAACGGAGGCACCGGUAAGGGAAGCCCUGCAAGUGCCCCGAGUGCGGGAAGAGCUUCGUGCGCUGCUCCAGCUCCAUCCCCCACUGGAGGAGCCAUGCUUGGCAGAGCCCUGGUGACCCACAUUCCCUGUGAUCCAUGCUGGGAACACACCUGCCUGCUUCUCCUCUUGGUUUGGCCUUAAUUUUCCUCUGCUUCUUCUUCAUGCCUUAAAAACAGCCAAGGUAGGGUUAAAUGAAAGAAACUGAUUAAAAAUGUAAAUAGUCCCAUCAUUUCACAGGCUGUUCAGGGGGAAUUUCAGAUUUGGGGACACAUUGUCUGUGAGUGCUCCUGUUGCUGAGAGGCAAGAAUUUGAUCUCACCCUUCUUGUGUUGCUAAUAACUCCUCCCUUGACCCAAACCCCAACUCCACCCCUGGGAUACCCUAUAAAAACCCCAGGGCCCUGCCUUUGCCCUGUCUUUCGGGGGUAAGAAAUGGAUUCUGGAGCUUUCUGAAACCAAGCCCUGUCUCGUUUGUUCCCGGCACCGGCAGCUGUAGCCUCCCUGGACACCAUGAACUCUGGGGAAUGGGG